GAGCUCAGCUGCUUGGAUGGCGGUGGAGUAGUGUUGUGCACGGAAAAUCCGUUUCGAUUCCGUGGUACUCGUGGUGCAUCGUGGCGCUCGUAGAGUUGUGCGUGGGUGUGCGGCUUUCAAAGAAUCAUGGGAAAUGACAUUAGUCAAUGCAAGGACUACACAUUAAGCAAGGAGUCGUUUGGCACUGCUUCAGAGUGGGUUUUGUUCGAAGGCAGGAGAUAUGUUUCCAAACCAAUUGGGCAGGCGACUGAAGAAAAGGAGGCUGAUGUUCUGGAUGAUAUUGCUGGCAAUGCCAUCACUGUGUUUGUCGGCAUGCCAGAAGAGAAGAGAGGAAAGAUGAGCUUUCUGCACAACAAUGUGAAGAUGCUGAUGACGCUGCGCCAUCCAGACUUGCUUCGCUUCCUCAGCUGGCGUGAGACCUCGAGCCGUGUGGAGCUGGUCACUGAGCAUGUGCGCCCGCUGGCCGAGCUGGCCGGCCGGCUGACCGAGCUGGACAUCAGUGGUGGCCUGCUGGCCGUACUACGUGCGCUUAACUUCCUGCACCAGCAGGCGGGCAUGUGCCACAACAAUGUGGGCCAAGCGGCCGUGUUCGUGACGUCGGACGGUGCGUGGCGGCUGGGCGGCGGCGAGUUCGCGUGCCGGUUCUCGGACGCCACGGCCGAGCGACUCCAGCAGACGGCCGUGCACCGCUACCAGCCGGCACUGCCGCCCGAGGAGACCGAGCCGCAGCCGGCCGACCGGCAGCAGUGGCGUGAGAGCCGGCCCUGGUGCCGCGACGUGUACGCAUACGGUCUGCUGGUGGACGAGCUGAUUGGAGUGUGCGUGCGGAGCGACUUCCCGGGCGCUCGUCACUUUCAAGCCGAGGCGAAGCGCCGGCUGUUGGCACGCGAUCCGCUGGCUCGUCCCGCCCUCUCCGAACUGGAGGGCCACGACUUCUUCAGCAACGAGUUCAACCAAAUCCACAGGUUCCUCACUGACAUCGUGCUCAAGAGCCAGGAGGAGCGCAAGACGUUCUUCAUUGACCUGGCCAGCCGCCUGCGUGCCUACCCGGAGGAGCUGGUGGCGAGCAGACUGUCGGCGCUCUGUCUGGGGCGACUGGUGCUACUGGACGGAGACGCCUGCCGCCACUUCCUGCCGCGCCUGCUCUCGCCCAGAGUCGAUCAGUUUGGCUCGGCCGAGUGUGUGUUCGGGCCUUCUGUCUUCCGGCGGUUUGUCGUGCCGCAGCUGCUACGGAUCUUCCACGUUCGUGAUGCGCACAUCCGAUUAGUGUUGCUGCAGCACUUCUCAAAAUACGUGGAGGAGAUACCCAAGCACUUACUCGCCGAAGUGAUACUGCCAGAGCUGCUGUUGGGCAUCCGGGACACGCACGACCAGUUGGUGGCAGCCACGCUGCGCGCGCUGGCCGACCUCGUGCCCCUGCUAGGGGCGCACGUUGUAAUCGGCUCACACCGGCACAAACACUUCGGCAACGGCACGCCCAAGGCCACUAAGGGUUCUUCGAGCACUCCCAUGGGGCAGAAGCGGGUGACGCUGGCGCAGCGGCUGGAGGAUGUCUCUGCGUCGGUGCCCAAGCUUGACCUGUCCUUCCGUCCGACGGACGGUGACCUGGCGGACGCCGGUUGGGAAGAGCAGGACUGGGACGAUUUGUUAUAG